AUGUGCACGGCCUCGGCGACGGAGCACGGGAGCCCGGAGCAUCCCAUCGCCCACUGGCCACCGCUGUCUGUCUCGUGUCUCGUCACGGGCUUUGCUUUGCUUCGCUGCUGCUGUGAUGAUGAUUGGUAUGUGCAAGAGGAAAGCAGCACACUUUCCUUCCCAUCAUACUAUAUUGAUGCAGAAGCAGUAGUUUGUUUGGAUGAUGGUGAUUGCAAGAUUCGGAAUGGACUUGUGGCAGCUGAGGAUGAUUCAACUUUAGAUACAUCUUUUGCUUGUGAUUCCUGUGAUAAAUGGUAUCAUGCUAUAUGUGUGGGGUUCAAUCCAGCAAUGGCAUCUGACAAUUCAUGGCUCUGCCCAAGAUGCAAGUUUAAUGAAGUGGAACAUGAGGCAGAUGUAAUCUUGAAGCAAAACUUCAGUGAGGAGUGUGUGAUUGGCUCUGAUAGGACAGCUACCAAUGCAUCAUUUUCUGGGAGGGUGUCAGUAUCUGUUGCUGAUGAGGGAGAAACUGCCCUUGUUGUAUCAAUGGUGGAUGCUAGUUCCCUGCGGAACACAGAUAUUUUCAGUACAUCCCAGAAUAAACCUUCUGAAAUAAAUGUUGUUCACACUCUUUAUUCUGAGCCAACAGAAACGUCAUUAGAAUUUUCACCAAUACGUGAGCCAGCAACAACCAUAUUUAGCUCAGAGCAGGGUAACAUGUCAACUGAACGGUUGGAAGUACCAAAGCUUGUGUCAUCUUGUCAAGUAGUAGAUAACAGCAAGGAGGCUAAAAGUACUGGAGAGGAGAAUGCAGUGGAGCAAAGCAAUAAUGAAUUAUCUCCUGUAACCAAAUCUCCACAACCUUUCUCAUCAGAUGCUGUUCAGCAGAUGAAAACUGCACAGAACCUACAGUUGCCACUUAGGCAUGAUGGGCAUAAUAGCGAUGACAUGAAAGAAGAUGAGGACAUGGAAUCUGGAAAUGAAGUGAUCCAUCCUGUGAAGAAAGCAAAAUUGGAAGUGCAAGAGCAGGACAUUAAUGUAAUUGGAAACUCUGGUUUUUCUUCAACACGUAGUCAUACUACUAGUAGUCCUGUAAAAGCUACCGACAACGAUAUGUCAGAGUCUGUUGCACAACAAAAAUCUAUUCCUGAUAUAAUGAGCAUUGUUGAAGGUGAUGUUUACAGAAGAGAUCCUGGUAGAGAGCUGGCUAAGCCUGCAGGAAGAAGAGCAGGAGAUAAGCCUGGUCCUAGAGUGAAAAAGAUCUUCCGAAAGGAAGAAGGAAAAGAAUCAUCUGCCUUGGUUCAAAAGUUACAGAAAGAGAUAAGGGAAGUAGUUAGAGAUACAGGCACUAAUAUACUCGAGAAGGAUGGAUCCUUUGAUGAAAAACUGUCGACUGCGUUCCGUGCAGCUAUAGGAAAGUCAGUGGAUGGACCAGCCAAAAGUACUAAUACCAACCGAUUAAUGAGAACAAGGAGAUCAUUGCUUCAGAAGGGCAAGAAACGUGAAAACCUGACCAAAAAGUUGUAUGGAACAUCUACAGGAAGAAGAAGAAGCGAUUGGCAUCGUGAUUGGGAAGUUGAAUUCUGGAAAUACCGUUGCUCCCCAGGAAUAAAUCCUGAAAAGAUUGAGACAUUGCAAUCAGUACUUCAGCUACUCAAGAAAUCCUCUGAAAUGGACAAGGAAAGUGCUAAGGGGAAAAAGGAAGAGAACAACAACAAUUCCAUUUUGUCCAGGUUGUAUUUAGCUGAAGGAAGGAUGAUAUUAGGCCUCUCUCUGCCCUUGCAGGAUGUGCACCAUUAG